GUGAAACGACACAGUGUUGAAGCAAAAGUCUUUUCCUAGCUCUCGGAGGGAAGCAGCGGGGAAGAAUGCCGAAGAGGACGACGCAUACGUACUCGAGCGAGGACGCCGCUCCAGAUGGACCGGAUUCCGAUCUCUUUGUCUAUUACUGCAAGCACUGUGGCUCUCACGUCCUCAUAACAGAUACCCAGUUGCAGAAAAUGCCCAAAAGGAAGACUGACAAAGCAUAUGUGUUGGACAAGGAGAAGCAUCUUGCAAGGUUAAAUAUCAAUGAGGCAGGCAAAAUUCUCUUGAAACGGGGUGAAGGGAAACUGGAGAAGCAAUUCCGAAUGAACUGUAUGGGUUGUGAACUCUUUGUCUGCUAUCGCUCAGAAGAAGAUCUGGAAACUGCUUCUUUCAUUUAUGUUGUUGAUGGUUCACUUAGUACAGUUGCUGCCGAAACUAACCCACAGGAUGCUCCUGUUCCACCCUGUAUAUCCCAGUUAAAAGGAGGACUUGUUCAAGUCGCUAUAGAAGUUGAAGAUCGUGCCCAACGUUCAGCAAUCACAAGAGUAAAUGCGGAUGACGUCCGUGUUACUGUAGCUGCACCUGCAGCUCGUGGGGAAGCUAACAAUGAACUUUUGGAAUUCAUGGGCAAAGUGUUGGGUCUGAGACUGAGCCAGAUGACUCUUCAGAGAGGGUGGAAUAACAAAUCAAAACUCCUUGUGGUGGAAGAUCUGUCUGCUAGGCAGGUAUAUGAGAAACUCCUGGAAGCCGUGCAACCUUGAAACUCUUAUAUUGGGUUUGAGAAUUGCAACAUUGUUGAUUGUUGUGUUGGAAGUUAUGGGCCGUCUUGUAUUUCAUUUUACUUAUCAAAAAAAAAAAAAAAGUUAUGAGCUUUCUUGUAACGUAUAUGUACUACUUUAGACUAAACUUACAUUCUGAUGUUCUUCUGUCUCUGUACUUUUCCAUUUUUAAGGUCUUCUGAUUGAUUCAGAACUUACUCUACCGUAUCCAUCUAUUUAUUUGAGCCAGUCAAUCUAUAUAGAUGGUCACGAUUCUGUCAAAAAUGAAUUGAGUCAAUCU